AUGUCUCCCAAAACCGCUGUUCUUACCGGCAAAGCCCCCAAACCGCUCCCUGUCUUCUCCCAGGCCAUUGUUCAUAAUGGCAUGAUAUACUGUUCUGGGAGCAUCGGAGUAGAUCCAACCACGAACAAACUCGUCUCCGGCGGAGUUGCAGAGAGAACAAACCAAGCGCUGAAGAACCUCGCAGCUGUCUUGGAGGCUGGCGGCAGCAGCUUGAAAAAUGUGGUCAAAAUCAAUGCAUUCAUCACUACCAUGGACGACUUUGCCGAGAUGAACAAAGUAUAUGAAACAUUCUUUAAGGACGAACCGAAGCCAUGUCGAACUUGCGUUGCGGUGAAACAGCUGCCCUUGGAUACUGACGUUGAGAUCGAAUGUAUAGCUUAUUUGUACGAAUUACCCUGUCUAUAUACACUCAAAGUCGACUCUGGCUUGCUAACUGCGAAGCGCAAAUAUAGGAAUGAGGCCAAGGCUAAACUUUAA